CCAGGCGCUGUUUCACCGAUGUGUGGAUGAAACAUGAUUCCGCGUGGAGCUAUUCGCGAGAGGGGUGAUUUCCCACUAGAGGGAAGAAAAGAUCGUAAAGAGAACAGAAGAUGAAGAUUUUGAAAUAACCACAAGAACAUCUCCCAUGGUCAAAAGACGCUUCGGGUUUUUCCGUGAAAAAGGAGGGGGCGAUUCUGCUUUUUUCGGGACACUCCGGAAAUAUCGUAUGCGGAAAAGAUACGUGAGUCGCAGAGGCGCAAACGACAAGAGAGAAAGAGAGCCAGUGAGUGUCCACCCCAGCCUUCUCUUCCCAGGAUGCAGUGGGCGCUGGACUUCCUGCCUCUCCCCCCCUGCCCGGAGCUGGGGACGCAGCCCCUGAGCGGGAUUCUGUGGGCCCUGCUGGUUCUGUUCCUCUGGUACUGCUACCGGGUGGGGUCGGACCCCCCCGUGACGGGUCGGGUGCACCCGGGCAAGCUCAAGUCCGGCUGCACGCGGGCCGGUCGGAUGUCCCGGUCCGGCAGCUACGGCAGCAGCGGCGGCAGCACGGACUCCGGGACCGGUGCUGCCACGGCCGCCAUCGGCAACGGCGGAACCCCCUGCAUCGCCAUGGAGACGGAGGAGGAGGAGGAGGACGCGGGGCGUCGCCGCGGCUACCUCACCCCCGUGCUGGGCCACACUCUGUUCCCCGCCCAGGCCUCUCCGGCCAGCAGGAAGUUAUAUAGCGCCUUGCAAGAGUACGCCAAGCGCUACAGCUGGGCCGGGAUGGGGCGGAUUCACAAAGGUCUGAGGGACCAGGCCAGACUAAGCGAUCGCUCCUCUAUCCAGAAGCCCCAUCUGUUCUUCCUCCCCGACGUUCCCAGCACUCCUUUCUUCCCACGCGAUGCCCAUCGCCACGACAUUGAAGUCUUGGAGGCCAGCUAUCCCAUAAUUCUGGCUGAGUUCCAGGCGGUGUACCAGAGGGGCAUAGAUCCCAAGCUGGGAUGGACCUGCCAGGGACCCAAGGGCCAGGCGGUGUUCCCGCUGUACAACGCGGGGGUGUGCGUGGCGGGAAACUGCCGGGCCUGCCCCUGCACCUACCGCACCCUCCUCUCCCUCCGCACCUUCAUCAGCAGCAACUCCCUGGGGGCCGCCGGGUUCUGGCUCCUGGGCCCCGGGACGGCGCUGGGCGGGGGGUACGGCCCCACCAACACCAGGCUGCGCUGCCACUUAGGACUGCAGACCCCCCCGCAGUGUGAGCUGGUGGUGGGAGGGGAGCCCCAGUGCUGGUCAGAAGGACACUGCCUCCUGGUGGACGAUUCUUUCCUCCACACUGUCUCACACAAUGGUGCAGCAGAGGACGGCCCGAGAGUGAUCUUCAGCGUCGACCUCUGGCACCCCAAUGUGGCUGCUGCAGAGAGACAGGCCCUGGACUACAUUUUCUCUCCAGAGCAAUAGAACUACAACUCCCACUGUGCACCGGUUUUACUGCCUGUAAAUCCUUACGGUUCCAUGCUAUACGAUGUGUUCUUUAAACCAAAUUAAAGACCGAACUAAAGGGCAUUUUCUAGCCUGGAGCUGAAGCGUUUAAAACUAAAGGACAAAGUUGGAGUUGGAUAUGUUGCCAAUGGUGAUACUUAACACUCAGAACACAAAAAAUAUCCUUAUAGAUAUUCAGGAUUUGUUGCUUUCAACUUGAUAUAAAAUCACGUUGAAGUCCCAGUGCUUCCUUAAAACUGUGAAGAAGAAAGAUGUUCAUCCGUGACUGAACAUCGGUUUUGUGAAUUUCUCUCAUUUUGUGCCUGAAAUGUUUUAUUUUUCUCUAGGAACAAACUUCUGACUUAUACUGUGAUGUGACCGGCUGUGUAACUUGUCGCUGUGUAAUUGCCCGUCUGAGUCUUUAUUCAGAAUAUCAACUGACCGUGCUCAAUGUGAUGCCUCUGUCAAAUGAAAAACCUAAUUUAACCUAUUUUAAUAGCUUAUGAAGCACAUAAUCACGGAAGCCACAUUAUGAAGGUAAAUGAAAGAAUGCAUGCAUAUGUGAUUGAAUGUAAAUGCACCGUUAAUAAACAUAUCUCUGUGUCCCUGU